AUGUCUUCUGCAAGACCUAGAAUUGUCACUUCCAGAGCAGCUGUGCUCCCACAACAAACUACGCCAGAACAAAGAUACUGGCGUCAAUUCUCAUCUACCCAACUUGUAAAAGAGCAUAAUAGUGUCACACAUAUUGCAUUCAACCCACAACAUCCUCAUGAUUUUGCUGUGACCUCCUCCACUAGAGUACAGAUUUUUUCUUCCAGAACUAGACAAGUCAUUAAAACUUUCUCCAGAUUCAAAGAUGUCGUCUACUCCGCUUCUUUCAGAAGUGAUGGUAAACUACUAUGUGCUGGUGAUGCUACAGGUCUGGUCUCCAUCUACGACUCAUACAAUCCAAGAACAAUUCUAUUAUCUAUCAACGCAUCUACACAUCCCACUCACGUCACUAAAUUCCAUUCACAAGACAACAAAACAUUAAUCACCGCAUCAGACGACAGAGUGAUAAGACUUUGGGACAUAUCAAACGCAUACCAACCCACUUUGGAAUUAACAGCCGCUACAGAUUACGUCCGUUCAGUAACUUGUGUCCCCUCAGCUCCACACAUGAUAGUAUCAGGUUCUUACGAUGGUGUGGUAAGAUUAUACGAUACAAGAACAUCAUCCGCUUCCACUCCUAUCUAUUCUUUAAACCAUGAACAACCAGUGGAAGAUAUAAUCUCCAUCUCCCCAACUCAAAUCGUAUCAUGUGGGGGCCCCAAUUUCAAAAUUUGGGAUUUGACUAGUAACAAGAAACUAUUCGAACGUGGGAAUUUCAAUAAAUCAGUGACAUGUCUGGAUUAUAUACAAGAUCCACAAUCGCCAAUGAAUCAAACUUUGAUUGCGUCGAGUUUGGAUGGUCAUGUUAAAGUAUUUGACCCGGCUGAUAAUUUCACUGUCAAGUUUGGCUGGAAGUUCUCCUCUGCUGUAUUGAGUUGUGCGUUGUCUCCGGGGGAUUCUCAAGGGAAUAAACAUCUCGUUGCUGGGCUAUCUUCUGGGUUGUUGGCUAUUAGAACUAAGAAGAAGGAAAAGAAAAUCUCCACGAAUAAGAAGGGUUUAACUGUGGCUGCUGCCAAUGAGAAAAGUAAUAACUUUAAGAGAAUGAUGAGGGGUGCUGAAUAUCAAGGUGAUCAAGAAUAUAUUGUUCAUAAUGAUAAGAUGAAACAACAACGUCGAUUAAGGGCUUUUGAAAGAAAUAUCAACCAAUUUAAAUGGGCAGAUGCCUUGGAUAAUGCCUUUGUACCAGGGAUGGCCAAAGAAUUGACUUUGACUGUAUUACAAGAAUUACGUAAACGCGGUAAGAUCCGUGUUGCUCUUUAUAAUAGAGAUGAAUCAUCUUUAGAACCAUUGUUAAAUUGGUGUUUAAAAGGUAUUGAAGAUGUUAGAUCGACAAUAGUGGUUGCGGAUUGGAUUGCAGUCGUAUUAGAAUUAUAUGGAGAUGUCUUUGAAAGUUCGCCUGUUUUACAAGAAAUGAUUGUAGCACUAAGAGAUAAAGUCAGGCAAGAAGUAUACAAGGCAAAAGAAUCUCAAAGGAUAGAAGGGAUGCUACAAAUGUUGAGCACUUAG